CAAGGUCCCUUCCAGCUCUCUUCUGAUUGGUCGAUACAAUUGGAGGUGUUUGUCUUCUACAGGUGUGGAUUAUUCGAUGAAAACCGUGAACCUGGAAGGCAGCCAGGUGGUGCUGCAACUCUGGGACACUGCUGGACAAGAAAGGUAUCGCAGCAUCACCAAGCAGUUCUUCCGGAAAGCCGACGGUGUCGUUGUGAUGUAUGAUGUAACCGCGCAAGACACCUUUGUGUCUGUAAAGCAGUGGAUGGUGAGCGUCGAGGAGGCAGCCGGGGAGAACAUUCCUGUCCUUUUGCUUGGCAAUAAAAUUGACAAGGAAGAAGAACGAGAAGUUCCUAAGAGAUUGGGAGAACGCCUAGCCAAGGAUUACCGUUCGAUUUUUUACGAAUGCAGCGCCUUGACGGGGGAGAACACCAGAGCCUCUGUACUGCACCUGGCCAGGAUUUUAAAAGAACAGGAAGACAACGUGAAAGAGAAAACUAUUCAGCUGCAGCAACAGCCUAAGAAAACAUCUUGUUGUUCCAGACAAUAAAGCGCACGUAGAACUCCCUUUAAUAAAUAAACACAACCGUUUUCAUCUUUUCCUA